AUGAAUGAAAGCAGUGAAAAGCUCAACAGUUCUCUCAUUCUUCCUUUCAGUAAAGAUUAUGAAUUCUGUUCAAAUGGUGUGUAUUUCUAUUGUGGAAAGAUGGGUUCAGGUAAGACAUUUAACCUCAUUCGUCAUAUACUCAUAACAGAGCGUUUAGGAAACGACUCUUACUAUGACCAAAUCAUUAUAUCAGCAACUUCAGACUCUAUGGAUUCAACAGCGAAAACAUUUAUGUCAAAAGUUCAAGCCUCUGUCGUUAAAGUUCCAGACAGUGAACUCAUUGAAUUUCUUCAACGUUACAUUCGACGUAAGAGGAAAUAUUAUGCCAUCGUUGAAUUUAUACAGUCAGGAAUGCAAAAGACUUCUGAGGAGAUGGAAAGAAUUAUUGACAAACACCACUUACGUCAAUACUCAGGAGUUUACGAUAUGAAAAGACUUACAAACUACAUUCUGUCAAAACUUUCAAAAUACCCCUUCAAAAAGUAUCCAUCAAACACUUUAUUAGUUUGUGACGACUUCGCCGGAAAAGGUUUAG